AUGUUUCCCAUUCAACUGGGGCCCAUCCCACCUGGCCGUAGCAUCUUUGACAGAUGCAACGUUGUGCAAUUCAGUGAAAUUGAGCCAAAGACCCACCUCCACGGCGUCUCGUGUCGACACCUGCCAACGCAAGCAACAGGCCUCCUUUGUCUUUCCCACAACUGGGCUCCGGCAAACUCAUCAUCUGCCGGUCCGGGAAAGAGGCCAGACUCGUCGGGUGCAAUCACCCUUCUCUGCCGAAAGCCUCCCAACCGGCGUGGCUCACUUGCUUCCAGCUACCCGCAAACAGCUCUUCUGCCUUUGGCAUGGGUUUCCUGA